AUGGAACGGCUGACGAAUAAUUCUGGGGUGAAGCGCUCGCCAGAGGAACGCUCUGGCGCUUCGAACCCACGCAAGAGGAAGCAAAGGGCAGCCCUCGGCGACAGCGCGCCCCGCCAAGCUGAUGCCAACGGGUGGCAACGCCAAGGGCGUCGAAGUCGCAGCCGUGGCAAGGCCAUCAGCCAACGUGCCAGCUGCGAUGUGGAAGCAUGCCACGGAUGGCUCACCGGCUCAGUGCCUUUUGCGCUCAAGCUCACGACGGACCUCUCGCUCGCCAUCUCCCUCCCUGGCGACACCCUGUUCACCAUCAACAAGGCAAACGAACGCCAAUCGGUGAUUGGGACCGACAGGACCAACAGCCGCGUCCGUAUUCGCGUCGGCGACAUAUCCAGGAUCGAAUGUGCACGAGGCCACGGCGAGCACCGAUGGGAUAACUACCUCCUCAUUGUGAAGGCCUGGAAACACAAGGCCCCAGGAUACGCUGCCUCGGAGUACGUCGCUGCGGCGUGGUUUUGGCGGUACUCCGAAGCGAAGGUGCAUUUGCCCAAGCUUCGACGUUGGCCCCAACACAAGACCCAUGUCUUGGGAUCGCAGUACACGAUAGUACACGCGAGCGCCCUCCUUGGGCCAGCCUCUACUGCCGAGGUGCAAGGGCUAGACUUGACGCAGUUCAUCUCCUUUCCCGCGGCAAAGAUGCUGCACAUUGCCGACACUGACAAGUCAGACUUGGCUGAAGCGGUGCGCCGGUUCGGCUCUAUGUCUACUAAGGAUGCUGACGAGACCUCUGAUUCCCCAGAUGAAUCCGACUCUGAGGAUGAAUCCGACACUGAGGAUGAAUCCGACUCGCAGUAUGAAUCCGACUCCCAUGAUGAAUCCGACUCUGAGGAUGAAUCCGACUCCCCAGAGGAACCCGGUUCUCUAGACGCGAAUGCCGCCUCCAACGCCGCCUCCAAUGAUGGAGUUCAACACCAGCCAGAGGUCGCCCCCAUUCAGGAUCCGCACGACCAUCCUAACGCCAACGCCAACGCCAACUCUGGAGUGAUGGAGACGGGUGCGGAGAGCGGUACUGGUGUAGACGGUAAAGCGGGUGGAGAUGGUCAUGUGACCAGACAUGGUGAAGUGGUUCGAGAUAGUGAUGUGGAUGCAGAUGGCGAGGCGGAAGGUGAUGGUGAUGUCGUCAAUGCAUUUCCUGUACUUGCUGGAUAAAGCGUGGUUUGGGGUAUUGUGAGGUAAAGUGGUAUGGAGCACACAUGGUUGGAGGGAACGGUAAAGUGGUAUAGAGCACACAUGGUUGGAGGGAACUAGUAUUAUAUUG